AUGUUAGCUCGUUUCUCAAGAACUGCAAUUAAAAGUGGUAGAUAUUUCUCCACCUCAGCAAAGAACACUGCACCAGUUUCAGAGGCUGAAGAAAUUGAAAUUUUAAAAGCUGUCGAAGCACCACAAUUCAAAGAUGCAGUCAAGAAAACAAGACAACAAUACCAAGAUAUGAUUUCCAAAUUAACAAAUGAUGAAAGUGGUAAAUCAAUCACUCAAUCAACUGGUCUCAGACCAACCAUCAACAUUAGCACUCCAUCAGGUAAAAUUGCUCACGCCCUUUUUGAUGCUGCUUCAUCCAUGAGAUCAGUUGGUAUUGUUGCAAAGGAACUCACUCAAGUUAAAACUAUCAUUGAUAAAACUCCAGGUCUCAAAACCGCUUUAGAAGGUGAUAUUGAUAACUCUGAAAAAACUGUCAUGCUCGAAUUAUUACAAGGUUCUGUCACUUUAUCACCAGUUUCUGGCUUUUUCUUAUACUACAUGACUUAUGAAAAUAACUUUAAAUUAAUUAACCCAGCUUUAACUGAUUUCAAACGUUUAGUUGGUUCAUUAGAUACUGAAAUGUCAAUCAAAUUAACUGUUGCUCAUCAAUACAGUGAAGCAGAGAAAAAAGAUUUGGAAACCAAUGUCAAAUCUUUCUUCCCACCAGAGACUCAAUUCAAAUUCAGUUAUAAUGUCGACCCAGAGAUCCAAAAAGGUUACAUUAUUGAAUCACCAUUCAUCAAUCAUGAUGCUUCAUACUCAACUGCCGUCAAAAAAGUUAAGGCUCAAGAACAAUCAGUCCUUGCUGAAUUCUUAAAUGAUAUUAAAAAUGGUAUCAAAAAUCAAACUGCCGUUUGGGAAACUAAAGAAUUUAGAGAUAAAUACUUAACUCUUGAUGAAUCAAAGAAUUAA